AUGGAUCUCAGAAGAAGAGGCUUUCCAGCGUCCUACAGACUUCGAGUUCUCCUGAUGCUGUUCCAUACAAUGGCUCGAAUCACGGCAGAACAAGAAGUGGAAAAUCUCUCAGGCCUUUCCACUAACCCUGAAAAAGAUAUAUUUGUGGUGCGGGAAAAUGGGACGACGUGUCUCAUGGCCGAGUUCGCAGCCAAAUUUAUUGUCCCUUAUGAUGUGUGGGCCAGCAAUUAUGUCGAUCUGAUCACGGAACAGGCGGAUAUCUCACUGACCCGGGGAGCUGAGGUGAAGGGCCGCUGUGGCCACAACGAGUCGGAGCUGCAGGUGUUCUGGGUGGAUCGCGCGUAUGCGCUCAAAAUGCUGUUCGUAAAGGAAAGUCACAACGCGUCCAAGGGACCCGAGGCGACGUGGAGGUUGAGCAAGGUCCAGUUUGUCUACGAUUCCUCGGAGAAGACCCAUUUUAAAGACGCAGUCAGUGCUGGGAAGCACACGGCCAACUCCCAUCACCUCUCUGCCUUGGUCACCCCAGCUGGGAAGUCCUAUGAGUGUCAAGCUCAGCAAUCCAUUUCACUAGCCUCCAGCGAUCCACAGAAGACAGUCACCAUGCUUCUGUCCGCAGUCCACAUCCAGCCUUUUGACAUCAUCUCUGAUUUUGUCUUCAGUGAAGAGCAUAAGUGUCCAGUGGAUGAGCGGGAGCAGCUGGAGGAAACCUUGCCCCUGAUUUUGGGGCUCAUCUUAGGCCUCGUCAUUGUGGUAACACUGGCGAUUUACCAUAUCCACCACAAAAUGACGGCCAACCAGGUGCAGAUCCCUAGGGAUCGAUCCCAAUAUAAGCACAUGGGCUAGGCAGCCCCCGAGACACCCUCCCCCAGCUGGAUCAGGUAGAGAAACAAAAGCACUUUUCCACCUUGUACAUGGGAUACACCAACAUAGCUACAAUGCAACAGGCCUGGCUGUCCAAGGCUUGCUUGGCCUGCGUCCAUGCUUAAAUCCAGGGAUGGGGGGGAUUCUUUUGGAUUCAUGGGUGAAUGGCAGAUAUUCUCUCCAGACUGGGGAAUGAGGCGGGAGGGGUCAGCCAGCUUUCAUGCUCAUGGUGGCUUGGCUUUGACUCUCCAACGAGCAACACAUACGACUCAGAGGAGUAUCUGGCUCCAAAGUUUAGGGAUGGAAAGACACUUCUUUUGGAAAGACACCCCUUUAGGUUCAGAGAAAAAGGGGGUGCUUUGGUCCCUUGGCCUACCUUAUUCAGUUGUCAGUGCAUACAAAAUACAGCCUCAUGCUCCCUAUGGCAAGACCCUUGAAAGUGAUCCAUGCUUCUGGCUGGCAUUCUGCAUGUCUAGUGAUUGUCUUGGGAAUGUUUCACUGCUACCUGCCCCCAGUGACUUUGCAGCACAGAACCUGUUUAAUGUAACUAUGCACAGUUGUUUGGACUUCAUAGUGCGUCAGGUCCAAGUAAGGGGACCUGAAGAACCAAUCGUGUGAGCUUGUUUUUCAAAAUGAAUUAAAACACACUACUGUCUAA